CGUGGCUGGCACGUAUGGGUGAUAACCACGGCUUACGGAGUAUAUAUAUGGGCAUUUACUCCGUAUUAAACCAAAAAAUAUUAUACUCCGUAUUAUACUGAGUAUUAUUAAACCAAAAUGGAUGGCGGGGUCCCUUACCACAACGGGCAGAUGUACGAGCCACCAGAGGAUGACCCGUCAUUUUUUGAACGGGUUGCCGACCAAAUUGGUCGCGGGAUUUGCGGGAUUUGGGCCGAAUUUGCUGGAUUUGGGGCGGGAUUUGGGGGGGAAUUUGCUGGAUUUGGGGCGGGAUUUGGGGCGGGAUUUGCUGGAUUUGGGGACUGUUUCUUCGGGGUCUCGCCGCCAUUGGUCGAUGUAAUUCAGUUUCGAAAAGAGCUGGCUGAGUUGGACAAGGAAGUCCAGGAGUGGAAGAAAGCUGCAAGGGAAUCCGUCUCCAACUUCAGAACGGUCGUCGCACAGUAUUUGGUGGUACUGAUAUUCAUUGCUUCAUCCGCUAUUACCCACCCCAAUCACUGGGAGAGGGUAAUGUGGGGAUACGGCUUUGAUGUGGUUAUGGGUCUGUUUUUUCUGGGUUUUAGCUUUGCUUGUGUGGACGGUCGUAGGGAGCGGCUUGCGGCUAAAAAGAGGUACCUACGAUCCGCGGCAAGUCGCCAAAGGCUCAUAGCUAGGACAAAAAGACUCGGCACUUUUCAGGCCAUGACAAUUGACCAGAUGGACGCAACAUUUAAUUUGAUUCUCAAGGACUACGAGGAGGUGGAAAAGUUCCCAGCGACUUACUGCUGGGACCUAGUCCUCGCAGCAGUUCUCCUUUCCUUGCACGGGGUGGUUGUCGUUGUUGCCGGGAAAAUCAAGGUUAUUAUGGGUGAUGCUGAAUAGUUGACCUGGAAAAACAACCUCUCUUUCUUACUCUCAAAUCAAUACCAAACACUCAAUAGAAAAAGUCCUCCAAAAUGAACACUUGGGUGGUGAAUAUGAGCACUUAAACUAAAGAGCCUCUGUCAUU